AGAGCUUUCAGUGGGUUCCAAGGCCACUCUUUCUGAGACAGGCCCAUGGAUGUAAUGCAGAUUGCAGUUGUUGGGGCAGGUGUGGUUGGGCUUUCCACAGCGCUGUGCAUUUCCAAUGUGGUCCCGAGGAGCUCCGUCACAGUGAUCUCAGACAAGUUCACGCCGCACACCACCAGUGAUGUUGCAGCUGGAAUGCUUAUUCCUCACACUUAUGCAGAUAUAUCUGUUCACAAGCAGAAGCAAUGGUUUAGAGAGACUUUUGAUCACCUGUUUGCAAUCGCCAAUUCCUCAGAGGCUGGAGACGCUGGUGUUCAUCUGGUGUCUGGUUGGCAGAUAUUUCGAAAUCUUCCUACCGAAGAAAUACCAUUCUGGGCUGACGUGGUUCUGGGAUUUCGAAAGAUGACUGAGUCUGAGCUGAAGAAAUUCCCUCAACAUGUGUUUGGCCAGGCUUUUACAACUCUGAAAUGUGAAAGCCCUUCCUACCUUCCCUGGUUGGAGAAAAAGGUUAAAGCAAAUGGAGGCCUGAUGCGCACACGGCGAAUAGAAGACCUGUGGGAGCUUCAUUCGUCCUAUGACAUCGUGAUCAAUUGUUCAGGCCUUGGAAGCAGAGAGCUCACGGGAGACUCCAAGAUGCUCCCUGUGAGGGGUCAAGUGCUCAAAGUUCAAGCUCCAUGGGUGAAGCAUUUUAUCCGAGACGGGAAUGGGCUCACUUAUAUUUACCCAGGUUCCUCCAACGUAACCCUGGGUGGAACCAGGCAAAAAGGAGACUGGAAUCUUUCCCCUGACCCAGAAAUUAGCAGAGAUAUCCUUUCGAGAUGUUGUGCACUUGAGUCCUCCUUGCAUGGAGCCUACAACAUAAAAGAGGCUGUGGGCUUGAGGCCAUCCAGGCCAGGUGUGCGGCUACAGAAAGAGCUCCUCGUCCAAGAUGACAGGAGACUGCCCGUUGUCCACCACUAUGGCCAUGGGAGUGGGGGCUUCUCUGUGCACUGGGGCACAGCUCUGGAAGCCACCAAGUUGGUGAGUGAGUUGGCCCACACCCUGAGGACCUCUGACCCCAAGACAAAGCUGUAG